UAACUGUGUUUGCAAAGGGAUUCACCCAAAAAAAAAAAAAAAAAAAAUGUGUUUGCAAAGAGUUUUUACAAGUACAAUGGUAAAAACUGUUUAAAAUGCCAAACCAGUUGUUUCAUACGCUGUUCAAACAAGUUUUGGCUUUUGUGCCUAAGAACUUGGAUAUCUUAGAUGCCUUCUCUCUACAUGAUUACGUGGUUAAGAUGUGAUAUUCUUAAAGGAAAGGAACAAGUCGUUUUAGCUCAUAUAUGUAGAAUUUGUGAUGUUUCCAAAACACAACGCUAAACACGGAAAAAAACAAAGCACAAAGCAAAACCUUUAGCUUUGUUUACAAGGUUGAUCAGUUAAAAAGAAUGGAAGUAGAACUAUGUGUUGGUAGUUUAUGAGAGUUGAGUUCAAAGGAGGGUAAAAUGGGGAAAAGCGGUAGCAUUUUCAGGUAUGCUGAUAGGAUAGACAAUUUCCUAAUGCUGUUUGGAACUUUGGGUAGCAUUGGAGAUGGAAUGAUGACCCCACUCACCAUGUUGCUUCUUUCUGAUUUGAUAAAUGAUUACGGAACUUCUAUUUCUGCUCCCUCCAAUUAUACAGUAGACAAGUACUCGCUCAGGCUGGCCAUUCUUGGCAUUGUGGUUGGUUUAUCUGCAUUUAUAGAAGGAAUUUGUUGGACAAGAACUGCAGAGAGACAGACAUCUCGAAUGAGAAUGGAAUACCUAAAAUCAGUGCUCAAGCAAGAAGUUGGUUACUUUGACAAGCAAGAUGCUUCUUCCACUACCUUCCAAGUCAUUUCUACCAUCACUUCUGAUGCACAUGCAAUCCAAGACACUAUAGCUGAGAAGAUACCAAACACCCUGGCUCAUCUCUCAUCCUUUUUCAUCAGCAUCCCAAUUGCUUUUGUGCUUUCUUGGAGACUUGCAAUGGCCGCACUUCCAUUCUCGGUCAUGUUUGUCAUUCCAGCAGUUGUAUUUGGAAAUGUAUUGAAGGACUUAGGAAGUAAGAUGAACAAUGCUUAUGGGGUUGCCGGUGGGAUCGCAGAACAAGCACUCUCAUCAAUCCGGACUGUUUAUUCAUAUGUCGGGGAGCAUCAAACAGUAGAUAGGUUCAGCAGUGCCCUUUCGAAGAGUAUGGAGCUUGGCAUAAAGCAAGGUUUCAUAAAAGGAUUGCUAUUUGGGAGUGUGGGAAUGAUGAUGUAUAUUGCUUGGGCAUGUCAAAGUUGGGUUGGUAGUAUACUUGUUAUUGAAAAAGGAGAAAAAGGUAGCCGUGUUUUUCUUUCUGAAAUCUGUGUCAUCUGGGGAGCAGUGUCCAUCAUGAGUGCACUCCCAAACUUCUCUUACAUCUUAGAGGCAACAGCAGCUGCAAGUAGGAUAUUUCAGAUGACUGACCGAAUUCCACUUAUAGAUUUUUGCAAUAUAAAAGGAAAAAUUCUAGCACAUGUCAGAGGAAAAAUAGAAUUUAAAGAUGUGCACUUUAGUUAUCCAUCCAGACCUGAUACCUCAGUUCUUCAAGAAUUUAAUCUUACUAUACGAGCUGGUAAGACAGUAGGCCUUGUUGGAGGCAGUGGCUCUGGAAAGUCUACUAUUGUUUCUUUGCUAGAAAGAUUUUAUGACCCUCUCAAAGGGAACAUUCUUCUUGAUGGACAUGAUAUAAUGAGAUUUCAUCUUAAAUGGUUAAGAUCUCAAAUGGGACUCGUUAAUCAAGAACCAGUUCUCUUUGCAACGACCAUUAAAGAAAACAUUCUUAUGGGAAGGGAAGAUUCACCGAUGGAGCUUGUUAUAAAUGCAGCUAAGACUGCUAAUGCUCAUGACUUCAUUGUAAAAUUGCCAGAAGGAUAUGAGACUCAAGUAGGGCAAUUUGGAGUUCAAUUAUCUGGAGGGCAAAAGCAAAGAAUUGCCAUAGCCAGAGCUUUAAUCAGAGAUCCAAGAAUUUUUUUACUUGAUGAAGCUACCAGCGCUUUGGAUUCACAGUCUGAAAGAAUAGUACAGGAAGCCUUGGACCAGGCUUCAAUAGGAAGGACAACAAUUAUUAUUGCCCAUCGCCUUAGCACAAUCUAUAGGGCUGAUUUAAUUGUAGUUCUUCAAUCAGGAAGAGUGGUUGAGUCUGGUUCUCAUGAGGAACUGAUUCAUAUGAACAAUGGAGAAGGAGGAGCAUACAAGAAAAUGGUGCAGUUGCAGCUAUCAACCAUGCAAAAUGAAGCUUCCAAUGCUUCUGAUCAUUCAACAGAAUAUAGAAAAUGCCAUGAGAUUUUGGCUAGCUGGACUCCUCAGAGAACUCGUAGCAUGAGAUCAAGCUGGUAUAGCAGCCCAGAGUACCAAUUCAGCCCAGUGUAUUCCAUUAGCAUUACACCGUCUUCCCAUAUACAUCCUUUCAAUAGUGACACCGAUGAAAGUUCAAGCAACAUACCUUAUCCUCCUCUUUCCCUAUGGCGUUUACUACAAAUGAAUGCACCUGAAUGGAAGCAAGCAUUGCUAGGGUGCAUAGGUGCUGCUGUCGUUGGAGCUAUUCAGGCAAUGCAAUCCUUUUGCAUGGGAACAAUUCUCUCAAUUUACUUCAUAAGUGACAUUGCCACCCUGAAAUCACAAGCCAGACUCUACUGUCUCAUCUUUGCGAGUACAGCAGUUGGAACCUUUAUUACUAAGAUCCUUCAACAAUAUAAUUUUUCAGUUAUGGGAGAGUGUUUAACAAAAAGAGUGAGGGAAAAACUGCUUGGAAAGAUUCUUACCUUUGAAAUAGGGUGGUUUGAUCAAGAUGAGAAUACAAGUUCAGCCAUCUGCGCACGGCUGGCCACUGAAGCCAAUAUGUUCAGGUCCUUUAUUGCUGAACGAAUAUCGUUGCUGGUUCAGGUUUUCUUUAGUGCAGCCUUGGCUUAUGUGCUUGGAUUGGUAACUGCAUGGAGGUUAGCCAUUGUGGUAAUUUCCAUACAGCCUUUCGUAAUUGGGAGCUUCUAUUCAAGGAGUGUCCUGAUGAAAAGCAUGUCCAAAAAGGCCCAAAAAGCACAGAGAGAGGGUAGUCAAUUAGCAAGUGAAGCAACCAUCAAUCACAGAACUAUCACUGCAUUUUCCUCUCAAAAAAGGAUAAUAAGACUCUUCAAAGCUACAAUGGAAAGACCCAAAAAGGAGAGUAUAAGACAGUCAUGGAUUUCAGUGUUUGGCCUAUUUAGUUCCCAAUUUAUGACAACAGCUGGCAUAACUUUCACCUUCUGGUAUGGAGGAAGGCUAAUGAAUAAAGAAUUAGUAACAUCAAAGCAGAUAUUUCAAACUUUCUUCGUCUUGAUGAGCACUGGUAAAACCAUUGCCGAUGCAGGAAGCAUGACAUCUGACUUAGCCAAAGGUGCUAGUGCCAUAAGAUCAAUAUUUACCAUCCUAGACAGACAAAGUGAGAUUGAGCCUGAAGACCCUGAAGGCAUUGAGAUUAAAAAGACUCUCCAAGGCCAUAUAGAAUUGAAGAACGUGUUUUUCUCUUACCCAGCAAGACCUGACCAAAUGAUCUUCAAGGGUCUUAGCCUCAAUAUCGAAGCUAGAAGAACCAUGGCACUAGUGGGACAAAGUGGUUCAGGCAAAUCAACAAUCAUUGGGUUAAUUGAAAGAUUCUAUGACCCACUCAAGGGAUCAAUACUUAUAGAUAAAAGAGAUAUUAAAAACUACAACUUGAGACAACUGAGGUCCCAUAUUGCAUUAGUGAAUCAGGAGCCCACGCUUUUCGCAGGAACAAUUCACGAAAACAUCCUUUGGGGUAAAGAAGAUGCUACAGAAGCUGAAGUGAGGAAAGCUGCAGCUCUUGCCAAUGCUCAUGAAUUUAUAAGUUCAAUGAAAGAUGGAUAUGAAACAUACUGUGGAGAAAGAGGAGUCCUGCUAUCUGGGGGCCAGAAGCAGAGGAUAGUACUUGCUCGAGCAAUACUGAAAAACCCACCAAUUCUUCUAUUGGACGAAGCAACCAGUGCCCUUGACAGUGUAUCUGAGGCUCUAGUCCAAGAAGCUCUUGAUAAGAUGAUGUUAGGCAGUACAUGCGUAGCUGUAGCUCAUAGGCUUUCCACCAUACAAAAGGCAGACACCAUAGCUGUGAUCAAGAAUGGACAGGUUGUGGAACAAGGAAACCACCAUGAUCUACUUGCCAUUGGAGCCAAUGGGGCAUAUUACUCUCUCAUCAAUCUUCAAAGCAAUCACUCUACUUACUAGUGACCCUCUCUCUUCCUUUUGCUGAUUUUCAAGUUCUGUUUUGUAGUUUCUACCAUUAGAAAUUUAGAAUGUAGUAGAUUGGCAGAUUCCUUUAAGCUAAAAUAAACAAAACCAAUGAGAUCUAGGUGAAGAUUUAGCAUUUGAACUGCAACAAAAUUUACACAAAAACAUGCAUAAAAAGGAAAUUUAGACUGAAAUAAAUUCUCUGCAUAAUCAAGUUAAGCAAUGGUCUCUACUUGGCGCCAGCUCUUGAGAAACUCAACGCUCAUAAUGUGUAAUUAGCUUUAGAAAAUUGGAAAUAUGAUCUGUGCUCAUUUUUAUUUGUCCCAUAACAGCCACCAAAUCCCAAAUAGAACUUUAGAAUUCAAAAUGCUGUCCUAUUGAAUUUAUUCUACUACUUCUUGCUUGACCAAAUGGGUAAGACUUCAAGGGCUUGAUGGAAGAUGGAGACAUUGGACGUAGUAGGACAGAGUUGAUCGAAGAUCCAAUUUCACUGGGUUUGAUUUAACGAGUUUAAUGAUCCAGUAGGCCCACCAACCAUAGCCUUGCAGUUUUAAUUUUUAUUUCUGCUUGGACACCUUCCUUCUUUAAACUCGUACACUAAUUCAGAGUAUAUUAAAAUAAUAUAUAUAAAAAUUUGUUCGAAGACUAAGUUAAAAUCUUUUAUAUUCAUUUUUAAGUUUUCAAUUUUUUCUUUUGGGAACAAAGUUCUUUAAAAAUUGUAUUAGCAUCUUUAUUUUUCAUGAGAGGUUUUCUGUAAAUAUGAUGAUAAUGUAGCAUAUUU